GCAUCCCUUUGAAAGUAAAAGCUGUUCAGAUUUGUAAAACAAAAAUUGCCUGAAACAAAAAUAUUACUUUUUAUUAUGUUUCCACAUUGUUCAGAUAAAAAUUUGAAAUUUCUUUUUGGAGAAUUGUCACAAAGAAACAAAACCAUUUUGAUUAUUUACAAAUCUAAAGAUUGAUAAUUCCUAGAAAAUCAUUAACAGUAACAUCUUAAGAUGACAUUUUAAGAUACAACUAACUCAGAGUAUACAGGAAUUGUCACCUAGAAAUAAGUUCAAGCCCUGAUUAUGCGGAAGUAGUUAAUUUUAAGUACAAUUUAGUUUUCAAUUUAAUUCAAUAUGUGUUUGUGUAUAUGAAAGUUCUAGAAUCCUGAUAUAUUAUUGGGGUAAGUUAAGAACUUGCUUUACAUAGACCGAGUCAGAUCUUUCAUAGUUUGUGCGUAUUACAGAUAAGUUUAAUUAUGACAUCAAAUGGAGAACCAUAGGAAUUUAUAACCAAAAUAAUUCCAUAUAACUCAACAGAAACAAAUUUGAGUAUGAGUUUCUUAAGUUGGUUCUGAUAUUAGACUCCCUCUUUUUGCAGCAAUUCAUAACCUAAUCUAGAGCAAACAUUGUUUUACAUUUGAAGCAUAGAUAACCUUUGUGUUGUUCUUUUACUAAAAGCGACAGUUAUAAUGUUUUUUCAUCUUUUUGAACUGAAAACUUCAAUAUGAAUUUCUUUGAAUUGAAAACUUCAAAUCUCUUUGCUGCCAUGAACAAAAUAACUUUCAUGUAAAACUUAUCUGUGUGUAUUUGCAGACAUUGUAUCACACAUCUGUAGUCAAUGCUGGUCCUGACAUUAGGAAUAUACUUUGGUCUGAUGCACAGAAGUUUAAUAAGUCUAAAACUAUUGCAAAAAUACAGGGGAAGGGUAUAACUAUCAGCUAGUAAUAUCUCACAUUGCCGUUGGUUUUACAUUUUUUCUCAAAUUUUAGUCCCAAUGAGGGAAAAUAUCAAUAGUUUCUGAUUAAAGUAAAGCAUGGGAUUACCAACGACAACACUAAAGAGAACAAAGAAGAGUUCAGUUUCUCUUCUCACCUUCUUAGUGAUGCUUGUAACAUCAUCUUCAAAGGCUUUUUACUGGUCAUUAUCUAUGAAGUGUAAUUGUGGUCCAAGCACUAGUCGAGGUUAUGAAUCACGCCCUGAUGCCGGUAUUAGUGGGACAAGAGGACUCUAUUCUAGUAGGGUUAUGAUUUCAUCAGUUUCUGUUGUUUCUGCGUUAUUAUCUUGCAUAAGUAGUGAUACUCUUGCCAUGAUGAACAGUACUGCUGCAAUGCAAUAGAAAUAAACUCAAGACUAAUCCCUAGCUUGAAAACGUUAGAUGACAUGGAAAUGGAAUACAAAACUGUCACAAUGUGAAUUACUUGACCUAUCUCUUUUCUGCUAACUCCUUAUUCUUCAAAUAGCUGUAUAUCCCUUCUUUCCUUGUAUGUUUUCUCAUAUUUGAACUAGAAAUAUUUCUCUCUCUUGUGGGAGCUCUGGGAGAAUGGCAAUGCCUUCAUUUGAGCCUGAAUUAGUUUUGCUUCUAUCCUUAUUUAUUCUUUUGAUUUCGGAUAUCUUCAAUGGAAAGUAUGAAGUACUAUGCAGCAAUGCAUAAACUCAAACAAUUCGUAGUUACAUACUAUUAGCUUUUGGUAGCAGUCAAAGCAUCUAAUUCUGCACCUCCAAUGCACCUUAUAUUCUGUCUGACAAGACUCGAGCAUAUAAUUCCAGGAAUGAUCAACAUAACCAAGUUUGUUUUGGUUAGAUCAUGAUGAAGAUACGUUUUAUCUAGCUAGUCCUUAAUAUUCAUUAUUUUCAUAUUUAUUACUAUGUAUUUUUCAAGAUUAAUCUAUAAUUUAUGGUAACUUUGGUUUUUUAACUUGGUAGAUUUAAACAGAUUCUAUGUUUAUGCUUAAACAAUAGUUGUAAUUAUCAAAGUGAUGUCAGCGUUUUGGUCACGAUAAAUGUUUCAGAUACAUGGCACUGAAAUUCAGAUACUAGAGGGAGCUCUAAAGCACAAGUACUCCAAUUUGCACGGGUACUUCACAGAUACCGGUACUUGUACGGUAUGCGGUACAGUACGCACCCACGAUGCACCAGGGUACUCAACCGUUAUUUUCUUGAGAAAAUGAGGCUUUUCAUGAGAAUUAAUAGCAAUUAUAGUUUUGUUUUUUUAUAAACUCAAACGGUUCUAGAGCCACAACAACAUUUACUAGACUUUGGAACUGCUGCUACUUACUUAACGUCCACCUCUUCUUGUCUGCCAACAACAGUUGCAGAAGUAGAAAAGUCUAGCACUCAAGCCUUGUUACACCAUUUAUUUUACCGUGCAAUGUAUCUUCUUAUCUUCCUUUAUCGUCGUAUUGUAUAAAAUUCAAUCCUUGUUAAGCUUUUGUUCUCACUUCUCACUUGAUUAUACUAUAUUUUCAAAAUAAUUUCCUCAUGCAAUGUUAUUUUAAUUUUUUUUUUUUAUCCUAACGUACCCGUAUCUUUGUUUUUUGAGAAAUGAUGUAUCCCGUGCCCGCACCCGUGCAACGUAGACAGGGAGUUAUUCAGGUUACCAGACCCUCUCUGCUCAGAUACCUCCGGUGUUAGAUGACUCAGAGAAAUUUAUUUUGCGUGACUUUAAAAACAUUUAUUAAAAUGUAAGGACUAUUCUUCAAAGUCGUAUAAAAUGUAGGGACGAAAGACAUAUUUAAUCAUAAAAUAAUUGAGACUCACUAACUGUCACAUCAGCUUCCGUUAGAGAAUUAACAGCAGAGACUAAUUUUGAUAACGGAGAUAAAAUGUGAGGAUUUUAAAAACAUUUAAUGAAAUGCUGGGAUUAUUUUUCGAAGGGACGCAAAAUGUAAGCACUAAAGACAUA